AUGUUCACCGGAGGACACCAGGGAACUUGCUUCCCGCGCGCAUAUAACAUAGAAGCGCCUGCACCAUCUGCGCAAGGGACCUCCCCUCGAACUGUUCGUACCCACGGGGAAGAGAAAAAGUUAGUAGAGCUUCGUGACGAGAUUGCACAGGAAAUGGAUGGCGAGUUUGUCGAGGUCACGUUCGAUGAAUUCAGCCAUCGCUAUCUUCCUUUCGAGCCUCAGGAAAAUGAAGUAGACGCCACGGUCACUAGUUUGCUUUCGAAUGAAUCUCCCAAUAUCACUGCUACUCCUGCCACUGCCACACCUGUCACUGCCACACCCGUCCCUGGAAGUACCGCCCAAAAACCCCUUCGCCGUUCGAGCCGCCAACCUGGCAAUCCAGCGAUUGAGCCUGAGGAACCGAUGAGCAUUUUGGAGGAGGUUCCUGAUGGGCUCCGCUUUGGUCAUUUUCCUCAAACGCCCCUCGCUUCAGGUCUCCAGGAGGACAAAGCAUUCGCUCAUAUCGCAGAAAUAGCGACCGCCAUUGCAGAGGGACCAGCACCGGCCGGGAGAGAACGUAACUCUUUCGCCUAUGUGGAUUGCCCUCGAAGGAAGAUCGAAGGGCGCCACCCUGGGUCGAACAACCUUAUCGAUAGCGCGAUGGCGUCAGGAGCUGCGACGUCGGGGGCUCUCGACACUUCGAGGAUUGCUCUCGUGUGCGAAUACAAGCUACACUGCGACGAUAAGAUCAAGAAUGCGAAGCAGGCAGUCUCCGCCAACGUUCAAAUCAUGAACGACGAUGUACGACGCACUCAUUGCUACGGGAUGACCAUCGAAAACGACCAGGUCAGGCUGUGGUUCCAUUGUCGAUCCCAUUCGGCUGUCUCCAAGCCGUUCAGUUUUGUCAAGGAGCCCCGGAAAUUCAUCAAAGUUCUCCUAUCGUUCCUCUUCGCAACGGAGGAAGAACUAGGCUACGACCCGAAGGUCACUCGCGUGCGCGAUGGUUACAUUUUCGAGCUGAACGGCACGGACGGUACUCGCUUCUUCCGCACACAAGGUGCUCCUCUCUCCGAGUACCGCUCCAGCAACAUCACAGGUCGGAUGACUCGAGUCUGGAAGGUGGUUGAGGUCAGAUCGAAUUCCGCGGCCGCUGCGAAGCUCAGGGAGAAGCCCUUCGUUUUGAAAGACGUAUGGAUCGAGGAGGGGGCGUCAACGGAACGCGAGGUUCAGGAGGAAAUGUUCAAGGACAUCAGGGGGUAUUGGACAGCCGUCGAUGUAGAAACAGAACCUCGUCUCCGGAGCGUGCAGGUCGAAGCGGCAAAGCUGAAGGAAGAAGUUUUGAACGAGACCUUCCAGAAAUGGUUCCUUCCCAUUCGGUGGGAUUGUGUUGGCGGGACGACGAGGCCCGCGCCGGACAAGGCUCAGCGGCGCAGAGGCCUGUUGCUCAAGAAGGAGGACAUCCCGCCACCUGUGGCCCAUUCUGGCACUACCCGCCCACCAGGGCAGACCCAUUUGCGCGAUCUUCCCCGACAGUUCGUCGCAAAGAAGCAAUAUCGUACCAUCGUCGAGGAGGUGUGCACUCCUGUCGGAGACCUCAAGCGAUCGGACCAAGUCUUCCAAGUUCUUUAUGGAAUCAUUCAUGCGCUUUUGUUGUUGUUCGGCGGCCGCUGGGUUCAUCGGGAUAUAAGUUCUGGCAAUGUACUUGGGCUCCUUGAAACUUCCCCCGAUGGGGAGCUUCGGUACCAGGCCAAACUGGGUGAUUUGGAGUAUGCGAGGAGAUACCCUCCUGCUGAUGACUAUGUUGCCGGAAUUGACCCGAAGACGGGAACACCAUUCUUCAUGCCAUGCGAAAUCCUGCUCGGCGCCUUUUUUGGCGUCCCUUUGGAUUCGGAACCAUCCGAGCCCACCAGGGACGCCCCAUUAACUUUUAAACUCGGACAGCGCAAUACACCCGUGGCCCCGAUGGGUCUGGCACCCCGAAUAUCAGUCAUCCACCACUUCCUUCACGACUUGGAGUCCAUCUGGUGGAUCGCAAUAUGGACGCUACUUACCCGCAUUCCCCACCCUCUAUCCAACCCCUUAAGCCGUGCCAUAUUCGUCAACAACAUCAGGGCAUAUAACGACUCCGACAGGAUCCAAUUUUUCAUGAAGGUGGUGGGGAAUAUCCAUCCUAACGUUCAAGACGAACUCCAGGACGUUGCCCACGCGCUGGAGGCUGUAGGACGAGGCUUGUUUGGCUAUCUCUCCAAAUAUGGUCGUGCUUUGCACCGUGGAGAGGAUAGGGGCUCCGUCGUUGUCGAUACUAUCCACAGCAAUGGCUUUGCAACCAUGUUCAACAUCUUCAGUCAGCUUCCGGGUCCAAAUGUGCCUGCAUUUGACCUGACUACCCGGUCAGACAGAACGGCUCCCUCCGCAGACAACGCGACUCCGCGGACAGACGACAUUGGGGCUAUCGCUCAGCCGGAGCGCAAGAGAAAGCAUCGACACACCGAUAACGACGCCUAUCUACCUGAAUCAUCCAAUGCCGGGUCCCAAUCUCGGGGGAAACGAUCGAAGACUAGCGGUCAAAACCCGGGCAAGCAAUCCAGCGGUCGAAACUCGGGCAAGCGAUCCAGUGGUCAAACCUCGGGCAAACGAUCCAGCGGGUCGAGGUCGAAGUCGUCGAAGUCGAGAUCCUAGUCGAAAGCAGAUAGAUACCAUACCGACACCGAUAUGUAGUCGAGUAUUGCGUUGUGAAUGUUGUCCCCUGGCUGGCGCUUGAGUUUUUGUUUAUUUAUUCGUCGUUUAAUGCUCACGUUGUGUAUCCUGUACAUACUUGGUACAUACUGCAUGAAUACGAAAGCUCGGAUUAU